AUGAAUAAUAUUUUAUCUGUAAAAAUUGUGACUGCUGAUUAUUACAACUUCUAUCCAGUACAAAAUCUCGACGUGACAUACUCUAAAUUCAGAGAAAAAGACGUAAAGAAUGUGCCGAUAAUUAGAGUGUUUGGAAUCACAAAGAAAAAGAAAAAAAUUUGCUGUAAUAUACACAAUGUCUUCCCAUACAUAUUCUGUCCAUGUCCUGAAACUGAUCCAGUUAAGAUUGACCUAAUGAUGAAGGAGAUGGCGAAUCAAAUAGAUCAGAAAUUGAAUGCUUCGUUUGGACAGACAAAUAGCACAACACAUCAUGUCUAUCAAAUAUCUUUGUGUAAAGGCAUUCCUUACUAUGGGUUUCAUUCUAAUGAACAUCAGUUUUUCCGUAUUGAGCUAUACAAUCCAAAUUUAAUCAAAAGGACUUCUGGAUUACUUCAAUCUGGAAGUAUAUUGGGUAAAAUGUUUCAACCACACGAAAGUCAUGUUCCUUACAUCCUUAGAUUCUUUAUUGACUUUAAUUUGUGUGGAAUGGGAUAUAUUCAUGUACCAAUGAAUAAAGUUCAUACAAGAUCCAUAGCUAGUGAUACAAGACAUAAAAAGAAAGCUGUAUCAAGUUUAGAAGUUGACUUUAGCGGUGCAUUCAUUUUAAAUCGAACAGAACUGCUUGAAAAUAAUGAAGCAAGUCAAAAAGCUGCAAAUAUGGGGAUUGAGUCGAUCUGGGAGGAUGAACGUAGAAGAAGAAUGCAAAAUUCGCAGGAACUGCCGGAAUUAAAGACACAAAAAGAUGAGCCUCGAAUCUGUGAUCCAACAAGUAGUGAAUUAUUUUUUUUAAGAGCAUUAAAAGAUCGAUAUUCUUUAAAUAAUGACAAAAAGCCAGAGGAACUAAGCUCAACGUUACUUGAUGAGAGUAAGAAUACUUUUAAAAAGAAAUUUGAUCUUAGGAAUUAUUUAGAGGCAACGACUUAUGGUGCAGAAUUUUCACAAAGCUCAGGAUCAUCAAAUCAACAAGAUGAAAUGGAUGUGACACUUUCAAUGGAUAUAAGUCAAACAGUCGAGGAACUAGAAAGUUAUUUUCUUAAUACACAAAGUAGUGCUGCAUCAACAAGUCAACUUAAUGACAUUUUAAAUACAGCAGAAAAUGAGGAUGAUUUUGACAGCUUAUUAGCUCCAUUUUCGCAGACUCAGCACAGUGGAAAGACAACGCAAAGUGACAUUAAUGAACAGCUUGAUGAGAGUCAAGUUAGACAUUUAUUUGAAGAGUUUGAUGCUGAAGAUGAAAGCGAAUUUAACAUGACACUUGCUGAUUUAGAAAUUGCAAUGCUUGAUGAUGAAAACGAUGAAGUUUUUCCACAACUUGAUGGCGUGGACGAUGAAAUUGACUCGAAAAUGAAUCCUGGACCAUCGAAACAAUUUAUAAAAUCAGAACCGCUUUCGUUUUCUGAAAAUUCAAAUGAUUUACAAGACAAUCUUAAUGCUCUCAUGUGCCACUUUAAUCAGACAGCUAAUGUUAAGGAAGAAAUUGAUGAUAUAAUGUCAAUUGAAAGUGAUAGUGACGAUGAGCAAAUGAAGAGCUUUUAUGACCAAACUUUGCUUACUAAUGAUUUUGAUGAUGCAGAUUUGGAAUCUCUAGAAAACCAAUCAAAUGAAUCGACAGACUUUCCUAUCAAAACCGAGCCUGUCGAUGAAAAUAAGUCAUGUGUGAUAACAUUAGCAUAUGAUCCGCCAGAUCCAAGUAUUGUUCUCGAUAAAUUGCAAGAAUAUGACAUUCCAAGCACUGUUAAUCCACAUGCAUAUUAUAGCAAUCCAGGUGAUGUGUCUGACAAAAAGGAAGUUGGAUAUAACAUUUUGGAAAUCCACAGUAAUAAAAUUAAUGAUUGUGAAGACUUUAAAAGCACAAUUUUCGGUAAUAAUCAGUUAAAACAUUUCCAGGCACAAAAACUUUCAUAUCAUUUAGGAUUUAUGCCAAAAAAUAUUGCACACACAACAGAUCUUAUUGAUGAUAAUUCAGACAUUAUUAUACAUCCAAUUAAGGAACCACCAACUUAUAAUGAUGCAAAAAAAUGGUUGCAAACUGGAAUUGAAGAAACUGAAUCACAAAGAGUUUGUAUUCUUGAAGACAGUCCAGUUAAAGUAAAGCGUAUAAAAACGUUUAAUGUUCUUGAAACUGAUGGUGAAAUGCAGGAAGAAGAUUUAGAUAAAACUUUAAUUCCACAAUCACCUGACGUAAAGAAUGACCCACGAGUUAUACCAAGUUCCUUAGAAAAAGAAUCACAGACAUUAACUGAAUUUAUUGAGGAUGGAAUUUAUCUAAGCUACAGUGCUCGAAAAAAGAGAAGAAGACGAGCUAAAAAGACAUUUAGUGAGCGUUUCCAAGAAAUUAUGAAGGCAAAAGUCGGUUCCACUUCGGGCAUGGACCAAAUUCAAACAAUUUCUGAAUCAUCUCAGUCAUCGCCAGACAAUGAAAAGAUGUCAGACUCAUCCGAGGAUAUACUUAAAGAUUCUCAGUCAAAUAGCAGCAGCAAUAAGCUUUCUGAUGACACAUUUAUAUGUUCAAUAAUUCCGGACGCAAACAUUCCAUUAAAUGACAGUUAUGAGGCAUCAACUAUGAGUGAAACUUUUGGUUUUAAAAUGAAACUUGAAAGUUUACAGUCUACUGAUGAGCACAAUGACUUGACUAUAUUAUCUAUGGAACUUCAUGCACAAACGAAAGGUGAUUUUAAUCCAAAUCCUGAAACUGAUGAAAUUGUGGCUAUUUUUUACUGUGUUGAAGGAUUUUAUGUCAAUGAACAAGCUACAUCGUCUAGUGGAAUAAUUAUUAUAUGUGAACCUAAUGACAAUUUAGGGUAUUUUAAGGAACAAAUAGAAAUAAUUAGAGUCAAAAAUGAGCUGGAACUGCUUGAAGAAUUUUUCAAAAAAAUCCGUAUUUUCGAUCCAGACAUUUUUGCUGGCUAUGAAAUAGAAUUACUUUCUUGGGGAUAUUUAUUCGAAAGAGGCUUUGUGCUUAAUAUGAAUCUUUGUAAUGCACUUUCAAGAAUGCCUUUAGAUAAGGAACCAAAGACAAGAACUAUGCACGAAGAAGAAGAACAUGGCGAUCAAGGAGAUUAUAAUACAGAACAAAAGAUUCCUGGACGAAUUAUGUUGGAUGUUUGGAGAUUAAUGAGACAUGAGAUUGCUUUGACCUCAUAUAGUUUUGAAAAUAUAGCUUAUCACAUCCUGCACAGAAGGUACCCAAAGCAUACCUUCCCAUUUCUUACAUCAAUGUGGAGUCAAUCGUUAAAAAAAUGGAUUGUACUUGAAUAUUACAUGAUGAGAGCAAAAAUAUUGCUAGAAAUCCUUAAUCAACUGGAUCUUAUAGGAAGAACUUGUGAAUUAGCAAAAUUAUUUGGUAUUCAGUUCUUCGAAGUUCUAUCACGAGGUUCACAAUUUCGUGUUGAAAGUAUGAUGCUUAGGAUAGCUAAAAGGAGAAAUUUAGUAGCUGUGUCACCAAGUGUUCAGCAGAGAUUACAUAUGCGUGCACCUGAAUAUAUUGCUUUAAUUUUGGAACCUGAGUCACGAUUUUAUACAGAUCCAGUCAUAGUUUUGGAUUUUCAAAGUUUAUAUCCAAGUAUUAUUAUUGGAUACAAUUACUGCUUUUCUACAUGCUUAGGACGAGUUGAGCAUUUAUUAAAAGGAUCUUAUCAGCCUUUUGAAUUUGGAGCUUAUCAAUUGCGAGUAUCACCAUCGAGGCUACAAUUUUUAUUGGAAAAUGAUCUUGUUACUGUGUCUCCAUGCGGUGUAGCUUAUGUAAAGUCAUCAAUUAGGGAAGGUGUCUUGCCACGAAUGUUAAAAGAGAUUCUAGACUGUAGAUUUAUGGUUAAGCAGUCAAUGAAAUUUUAUAAAAAUAAUACAGCACUACAAAGAGUUCUGCAUUCGCGUCAACUUGGUCUAAAAUUGAUUGCCAAUGUAACUUAUGGAUAUACUGCAGCUAAUUUUAGUGGACGAAUGCCUGCAAUUGAAGUUGGAGAUUCUGUUGUCAGCAAAGGAAGAGAAACUCUUGAACGAGCAAUACAAUUGGUUGAAGCAAAUAAGAAAUGGGGAUGUAAAGUCUGCUAUGGAGACACUGAUUCAAUGUUUGUUCUAGUUCCUGGACGGACCAGAGAAGAAGCAUUUAAAAUUGGAGAAGAAAUUGCUGAUGCUGUGACUAAAGAUAAUCCAGUUCCUUUAAAGUUGAAACUCGAGAAAGUUUAUCAGCCAUGCAUUCUUCAGACGAAAAAGAGAUACGUUGGAAGUAUGUACGAAAGUGCAGAUCAAAAGGAGCCAAUUUUUGAAGCAAAAGGAAUUGAAACAAUCAGACGAGAUGGAUGUCCAGCAGCUUCUAAAAUUUUAGAAAAAACCCUUAAAAUUCUAUUUAAUACACAUGAUGUUAGCAAAGUUAAGGAAUAUGUAUGCAGACAGUUUACAAAGAUUUUAGAAGGGAAAAUGAGCAUACAGGAUUUAAUUAUUGCAAAGGAAUUUAGAGGAAUUCAAGGAUAUAAACAAAAAGCUGUCGUUCCUGCAUUAACUCUUACUAGAAAAUGGAAAACAUCAGAUCCAAGAAAUGAGCCCAGAAAAGGUGAACGAGUGCCUUUUGUGCUUACUAACGGACCACCAAAUUCUACGUUAAUCAAGUUAGUCAAGCCACCAUUAGAAGUGCUUAAUGAUGAGAGCUUAAAAAUCAAUAGCUUGUAUUAUAUUACAAAAUCUGUAAUCCCACCAUUAAAUCGAUGUUUACUUCUGAUUGGUGCAAAUGCUCAUGAUUGGUUUGCAGAACUUCCAAAGAAGCAUAAAUCACUUCCAGUUACAAAUAGUCACUUAUUGAAGAAACAAACGAUAUCUCAAUUUUUUAAUACGACGAGUUGCGUAAUUUGUGAUAAUAAUUGUGAGAAUAAUAUUUGUGAAAAUUGUAAGGCAUAUCCACAAAUAUCAGGGAUUAUAUUGAACGAUAAGAUGUCAUGUGUUGAGAAAAAGUUUAUGGCAGCUCGAUUACUUUGUCAGACAUGCUGUGGACGAGGUUUUAAUUUUAAAUGUGUAUCAGUUGACUGUCCAAAUCUGUAUUCAUUGACACAAUCAAAUCGUGAAUUUCAGGAACUAGAACAUUAUCGUAGUGUUUUAAGUGAAUUAAUGUAA